GUGUGUGUGUGUGUGUGUUUGGGAACGAAUAGCGUUUCAGGGGAAAGAGCUCUGGUUUGUAGGGUUUUUGAAGGGGUUGGUUCAGACGGAGGGGUGGGAGUUUUUUUUUCCUUUAUUUUACAGUGUUAGUAGUACACACUGUCGAUUCUCUGUUCAUUUCUAACUGGGGGUUCUGCUUGUGGGUGCAUCUUUCUCUCUCUCCCCCGUCGUCUCUGUUCUUCUGUGGGCAGACUACCCAUCUUUCUCUCUGUCGUUAGUAGGGACUGGCUUUGCCCUGCUGAAAAGUGUUCUUGUCGAUCGUGAAUCCACGGGGGUGUAGAAAUUAACCCCUAUCACAUAAUUCGUCUAUUAUAUAUUGGAUUCACGGAAUAUUGGUGUGAGGAUAUUUCGAUCGAGUUUCUCCUAGUGCUCUUGUUUUUUUGGACAAUCCCACAGGUUGGAUGGGAUCUAACCAGAAAGUUGGCCAGGGUCCUAGCAGAAAGUCUACGUCUGACAGGAGGAUGUUAAACUGAAAUUGGUGUUGAUUGAGGACUUGCCUGACCGGAUUCACCAGCCAGCAAUGUUGGAGUGGAUGGAGGAAGGAGACCGCAUGUCAUUUGAUGACUCAGACCGUUUUGAAGAAGAUUCUCUUUGUAGCUGGGGCAGCGAGCCUGAAUCUCUAUGCAAUAACUGGAGAGGAUGGAAGAAACCCUUGAUUGUCACCACAACCCUCAAUUCACCACUUUUGGCCUCCAAUCAAAGACGAGCUGAAGAUGGCAGCGUGUUGUCGCUUUCGGAGCUGUGCUCUCGUGUCGUUGCUGCCCACAUCGCCUUCGAAGUAGUUGAACAAGCUUGGCAACCCGUUCCUGAACCGCUCCAAUUGCGCAUCGCCUUCUGGUCGUUCCCGGACAAUGAAGAGGACAUUCGCCUUUACUCCUGCUUGGCCAACGGUGCAGCUGACGAGUUCAACAAGGGCGAGAAUCUCUACAAAAGCAGAGCCGUCAAAGAACCUCUUCAGAUUGGUUUUCAUUUGAGCGCUUCGGUUGUUAGUCCCAGCCAACAGACAGCCCAAGGUAAAUCGAAUACCUUUAAUGUGGCCGUUACGUUUGAUCGGAGGCGUAUUACUUCAUGCAACUGCACUUGCGCUUCGCGGGCUUUUUGGUGCGCCCAUGUUGUCGCUGUCUGCCUUUAUCGCAUCCAUCAGUCUCAUUUGGUGACCCUUCGUGCUCCUGUCAGCGAGUCCCUGAGUCGGUUGCAGCGCGACCAACUGCAAAAGUUCGCUCAGUAUCUUAUUAGCGAAUUACCUCAACAAAUUCUACCAACCGCGCAGAGACUCCUUGAUGAACUUCUAUCAGCUCAACCGUCUGCCAUCAAUACGGUUUGCGGUGCGCCUGAUCCUACGGCGGGUGCAUCAGCCAGCGAACAGACGUCAUGGUGCCUCGAUGAGAACACACUUCAUGAGAAUAUUCGGAAAAUUCUGAUUAAAUUUUGCGUACCGUCACCGACGGUAUUCAGCGAUGUGAAUUACUUGAGCUCAACCGCACCCCCCGCCGCGGCUGAAUGGAGCAGCCUGUUGCGCCCAUUAAGGGGUCGGGAGCCGGAAGGCAUGUGGAACUUGCUUUCCAUCGUUCGCGAAAUGUUCAAACGCCACGACCGCAAUGCCGUUCCACUUUUGGAGGUUUUGACGGAAGAGAUCAUGUCGUGCGAACAGAUUAUGGUGUGGUGGUUCAACACCAAGGUGGCGUUACAUAAUGGAAGUGCUGCUGGAUACGGUAGCGGGAUCAAGGCCAGCAACUUGGGAAGCCAAUCUCAAGCAUCUCAGCACGCUUGUUCGUCCUUGUGCGACGAAGUUGUCAUCCUGUGGCGAUUGGCUGCUCUCAAUCCAGGCCUUUCUGGCGAAGAACGCGAUUUACUUCGACAACAGUUUAGCGAAUGGCACGUUAAGGUUAUUGACAAGGUCACAAAGAGCAAAGGCUUGACGGUCAAUGCCACUCAUGGCGCACCCCAUGUUGCAGCCGGAAACGGUGCUGGACCGUCUACUCCCCGAAGAACUAGCCAAUCAUUCAAAGCAGAAGUUGAAGUUUUUACUGGCUUUAAACCGUCUGUUGAAGCUUGUUACCUUAGCUGGGAUGAUUACCCCGUUCCUGGUGUGACCUACACCCAAGGCCACCGCCUCUACCAUUGCCCAUUUACCUGCUUUCGACACACUGAGACUCACGGUCGAUUUGACAUCGGCCCAAUCAAUUCUUCUUCGGCCGUCAUUACCAACGAUUUGCCAGUACACAUGCUCCAGAGAAGGGCAGUAGUGCAAGGCGACUAUGCCCAGGCCAUGGACGAUAUACGUCACGAGAGGGAAAGAAUUGGUGGAUUCCACGCCGCUUCACCUCUUGUCCGACCUGAAAGAGAAAUGGACCGAGCAGGAAAUCGUAGCAGCGUUAGCAGCGAAGGUUUCUGCGAGAACGAAGGCGAUCCAGCCGUUGAAGCAUUUGAACCAGCAUUGCCUUCUGGUCUACGGGAUCUUACCCGCCAAGACAGCGACGAUCCGGCUCUGGGUUCUGACACUAAUGAACCGGAAGUCUUGGCGGUGGAUAGUUGCACUUCAACCGAUAAAGAAAAGUCCUCACCCGAAGAUUUUGAUGCCGAUUCCGACUGGUCUGGAGUCGACGCCCGUUUGAAGAAUCCCCGACUCGAAGGAAGCAGUAACAAUGGAGUAGUACUUCCAUCUGGAUCAGGACUCCUAGCUGGAUCUUCUCGAGACACUGACGACGUGGCCAGCUUGUCUGCCAGUCCUCGAGAAUUUCGAACAAUGGCCUUACCAGCAGCUCAAGGUGCUGUACCGCGAGAACCUUGCGUCGUGACGGUUCCCAACCGGAAUGGUGGAGUAUUUGGCGAGUUAAAGCCACUCGAUGAUCCCCUCGAGAUUCUCUUUGCGAGGGCUGAAGGACUUCACGCCCAUGGACACAGUGCCGAAGCUUGUGAACUAGGGAUUCAACUGGCUACAGAACUAUUGGCGAACCCGCCCGAUCUAUUGGUGGAAUUGCCUCCAGUUAUCACAAAGAAUGGCAAGAAGAAGAAGACAAAUCCUGCUUGCCACCAAAUCAGCUGUUUGGCUUCAGCGACUCUAGCCAAGUGCGCCUUUCUCUGCACCGUUUUGGCAGAGAAUCCGGAUUAUUAUCACCUAGCUUUCAGGGUCGGAAUGUUUGGACUGGAAUUGGCUCGACCGCCGGCCACUACGAAGCCAUUAGAAGUAAAAUUAGCACAUCAAGAGUCCGAGUUGGUCACUCUUUUGAAGCGAAUUCCUCUAGGUCAUCUAGAGCUGUCGAUUCUGCGUGAAAAGGCUGAGCAGUUACGAGAUGGCAUACUGAGGUCGAGAGGCGACGCUUUGUUGCCACUUUCGCUCGCCACGUUUAUAUUCGAAGCCCUGGUUACAGCAUCUGGAACACAACCAGUCCGGGCGCCAUUUUAUUCUACCCAUCGACUUCCGACGGAUGAGACUUUAGGAUUUGAAGCCGCUGUUUCCGCCCUGGGAAUAAAGGCAAAUGUUUCGGAAGCGGAUCACCCCCUGUUGUGCGAAGGAACUCGGCGCCAACGAGGCGAUCUCGCCGUCAUGUUGCUGGUGCAUUACAAGGAUGAUGCAGACAAACUGGCCAAAAUCAUGGAGAAGUUGCUGGAUCGUCAAGUUCAUCCACUCUACAAGGCACCGCUACUGAGCAGUUUCUAUACCAACAAUCCCACGCCCAUGGGACAAACGUGUUCCAGCAAUCGACAGAUGCGCCAACGCCGUGAAGGGAUUGAAGCUGGGAUGAUUGCCAUUUCUCUCGAUUCGAAUUCAUCUGCACAUGGAGCUGGUCCUUCACAGACAAGUGGGGGCGCUACAGCAGCAUCAAACUUGGCGCGUGAACAAAGCCCUUCAUGGGAAGAAGAUUAUGCCCAAUGGCAAGCUGGACAUGGUGCUCGGCUGGAGUCGAAUAAUGGCGAAACAGCUUAUGGAAACGAGGCUGCAAUUAGUCAUCGUCAGAUGAUGAAUGUCGUUCGAAAUCGAAGUCUAGCUCACCGAUCUCAACGACAACCUGGUCCCGGCUCGGAUUCCGGUAGCUCGGGUUCAGGUAAAUCAUCAGGAUCGGAUAGCUUUGGAUCUCGAGGUCCCAUGAACCACCCUCCCCCUCAAAACUGUGCUGGAGUUUCGUCUUCCCUAUCUGACGGAUCAGGUAUGGGAGGCUCUAUGAGUUCAUCGAUCCCCUCAAACUUAAGCGGUCGACAUCCUCAACAGCAAGCAUCCAUACCAGAAAUGGGUUGCCCUGUCAGUGGCGGAGCGUCAUUUUCGAGAAAUAGCACUGGAGUCAUGGGUCCUUGUGGGGGCAAAAUAAAUCGCUUUAAAAACAAGCGAUUGUAUCCUUCGGUCCCCAAUCAACCAUCCGAAGCUUCUGCUCAUUUCAUGUUUGAAUUAGCAAAAACAGUUUUACUGAAAGCCGGAGGAAAUAGUAGUACAUCACUUUUCACGCAGCCCAUCAACUCUCAGAAUCCUCGUGGUCCCAUCCGGGCUCUUCAGAUGUGCGCCUUCCAGAUCGGUCUCUAUGCCUUGGGUCUUCACAAUUGUGUUAGCGCUAAAUGGCUGAGUCGCACAUAUUCUUCUCACGUUUCCUGGAUAACAGGCCAAGCGAUGGAGAUUGGUUCACAGGCCCUAUGGUUUUUGAUUAGCACUUGGGAAGGUCAUUUGACUCCUCCAGAAGUGGCUAGUAUAGCCGAUCGUGCAUCCCGUGGUCAUGAGGCGAAUAUGGUGAGGGCAGCUGCCGAGCUGGCCCUGUCUUGUUUACCACACGCUCACGCUCUCAAUCCCAAUGAGAUUCAACGAGCUAUUUUGCAGUGCAAAGAACAGAGCAGCGAAAUGCUGGAACGCGCAUGUCUGGCCGUCGAAAGCGCCGCCAAAGGAGGUGGAGUCUACCCUGAAGUUCUCUUCCGAGUGGCUCGUUGCUGGCACGAGUUGUACGAGCAGCGCAUGCCGAGUGCCCGUCGAGGAGCUAGGGUCUUGCCCAGCAUCGAACAACCUCCACCACCAAUUCCGCUCCACGUGCCACCUUGCUCUAUGCAGCAACCUCAAGCCAAUAUGGCCGGAGUCGGUGUUCCGGUGCCAUACGCCAUGACGUCGAUUGUUCCCUUUCCUUUAGCUUACAGUUUCCUUUCUGGCACUGCACCUGGACCGAACCCACCUGCUCAGAUCCCGGGAGUUCCGGUCAAUUUUCUUGCACCGAAUGGAGCUGGUGGUGCGACCCCCAAUGCUACAUUUUCAUACGCUCCCCCUAUACCCGGUCUACAGUACUUUCCAUCUGUGACGUGCCCUAUGCCAAUGGGAACCACAUCCGCACCUCCCAAUCCUCCUCCAGGUCCUUCUCCCUUAAUGCCGAUGUCUGUUGGGCCAGCUCAAGGGACGAAUAACCGUCCUCCACCUCCUUUACCUCCUCCCGGCUGUCAGGUUACGUUACAGCCGCUCAUUCACACGCCCAACAGUACGACGCAUCAAGCACCACCUCUGUUUGUCCAGCAAUCACAAGUCAACUCGGUCCGAUCUCCCCCAACAGCAGCCGGAUCGUUGCCCAAUCAGGCUCUGACUCCGACACAGCUGCAUUUUCUCUUGGCGGCCUACCGAGUUGGUAUUGUAGCCCUGGAAACACUAGGCAGAAGGGCUCAUGAUGAUCGCCCGCAGGCUCGCUACUCUCGUAAUCCACCCUACGGCGAAGAUGUCAAAUGGCUUCUCUCUGUAGCCAAGAAACUUGGAACGGAUUAUCUGCAGCAGUUUUGCGUCGUGACGGUCAACAGUGUCGUUAGUCCGUUUGUUCUUCAUGAGAUUGCUGUCGAAGCGGCCCAUUUUUUCGCCUACACUGGAGCAACACCACCCAAUCCUUACAUGCAACACUUACGCUCGCGAGUUUUGACGCCUCUUAUUCAAAAGUGUCAUCAAAUGUACAUUCAGUGCAUCAACCACAAGUUGUAUCACCUCAAUCCUACCGACUACGACGACUUUCUAACGAUAAUUCAAACGGCCAGGACGGCUUUCCAUCUCAUACCAACGGGACCGAUGCAGUUUAAUGAAUUUCUGCAAUCCAUUCAAAAGUCGAAAUCCUGCACGAAAGACUUAUGGGGUCGUUUAAUGGCCAUCAUUCGUCAACCAGCCGUUUGACAAGAAGUCAACGAUAGGACUAAUUUUAGCUAACAUACCUUCCCCCAUCCCCCUCAAACCCUUCUCUUUCUUCUCUACUUGAAGUUGUAAAUAGUUCAUUGUCAUCCGUCGUAUCGUUUAGAUUACCUCGCUCGUUUAAAAAUCUCCAUUUCCCCCUACCGUCUCCCACUUUACCCGAAUCCGAUGGAAAAUUUGACUUGCUUCGCUCUUGUUGCAAAACGAUCGAUGGCGUAUCGAUAGUUUAUUCUCUUUUUUUUUCCUUUUUUUAAACUAGACUUGCUGCGAUUUUUAGAUGAAAAACACACACAUUAAAACAGAUGAAACUUUAAAAAUUGAAAAUUUUUUCUCCCAACUGAAAACUAUUGUUUUCCGUUUGUUAAUUUUCUUUUUAUUUUCAAAGUUCCAUAGUCCAUAUAAAUAUAGUUUACAGGCAGACAACUCUUCUCAGGGAGCUUCCACUAACGGAAUCUGGUUGUCUGAACAUUUUUUUUUUCACCCCAUUUAUUCUCCCCCCCCCCCCCCCCCCGAUUCUCAAUUUGCAUCGGUAAAUUGGCAGAUCAGUUUCUCGGUUUCGAUCAAAUUCUUAUAAAAUGGAAGACACUCGAUACAGAAAAGACUUUUAUAAGAAAACAAGAAAAUACGCCGGGUAAGUUUUUAAUUGAAAAUUCAGAAAGAGAAAAAAGAAAACAAUAACUCAAGACUAAAGGAACAGGUUUACCAAACUGGCUCAAUAACGAUUUGUUUUAUUAACUUAAAAUUCGUUGAUGUCAACCGUCGCAAACAUGUAUGAAUAUUUGCAAAGAAAUUUGCUCCUUUUUUCUUGACUGUUUCUAAAUGUAACUUCGUGUCUUUACUGUUAAACUUUUUCUCCUUUUUCCUGUGUAAAGAAGAAAAGAAAACUUGGGAAUGUCGCUUUUAAGGUAACUUCUAUCUACUCUAGGGCGUCAGUUCAAUAUUGGAACAUCGAUACCCGAUCCGUCGGGAAUUCAAUGUUCUCUUGUUUAUUUUAUUUUUUUAUCUUAACCUUUACCUUCUUUCCAUCUCUUCUUUCCCUUUCAUCUCUUUUCGUUUCUUCAACUUUCGCGAGAGAAAAAAAAAAUGUUCUAUUUGCGCAACAAAUUUAAAUGAAAUGUUUCUUUGAAGUUGUCACAUGGAUGAAAUAAUAGAUGAGAUUGGGAGAA